GAUGCCGUCCAGUGCUAAGUCCCCUUAGCUUUGGCUGUGCCUAAUUCUAGUCCAAGCUCUCGCCUUCUACUACCGGGAAACUGUCGUUGUGAUCCUAUUGUCUCCUCAAGUUCCCGCGAAACAGCCUGCUGCGAGGGACGCAUUGGCCGAACGGUGCUAUUCGCCCGGCUUGCGCCCCAGGAUUCGCCCGCGCUGACUUGGCUUCACUCACUCAUCCCUACUGUGUACAACAUCGCCGGAACUUUCCCAAUUUAUUCAACAUCUCCUAUCAAUUCGCUCGGACUCGCACCCUCACCCCUCCCAAACCUCAUCCAAUUUCUUGUGGGAUCUUCCCCACUUAGUCCAUGGGCUCUAGGGUCACUUCUACUUUUGUUAACGUCGCAUCCCCCACCACUCGGAGUCCAUGACAUCGCCCGGAGAUGCUGCUCCGGUCAAGCCUCCGCCGUCAUUCUCGCCCGGCGUUCCCCGUGUUGCAUCCAAGUCGAGAUAUCCAAAUCAGCGCCGCGACUCGUCGCCGUCUCUGGAUGCAGAUCUGGUAGACUCGAGGAUUCGGUCUCCGACCCCGCCCCUGACCGCCACGACGUCAGAUCUCCCGAUCAGGUCCGCAUCGCCCCGUGCUCCUUCAUUCCGGUCAUCAACACCCCAAUUGGCCCGAUCAUCCCUAGGUUCCCCGGUGGAAGGUCGGUUUGAUGGCGCAGAGGAAAUUCGAUCCCUAGUCAUACGGUCGUUCUCUCCCGUGGUUGGGGUCUACGCAUCAGCAGACACCGAUGAGUUAGUACGACAGAAAGGCUUUGCCGGUGGCUUCUGGGAGUUGAUCCGUCCGUUCGGUGAGAACGUCCCUGGGAAGAUUGUUGUCCGAGACAGUGUGGGGGCAAGUCGUGGCUGGGAAGACUACGGGGUUCGCUUUGUGAACUUGGCUGGCAAUAGUUUAACCCCUAAUGACUCGAGCACGGGGCGAAGCGCCCCUCUGGCACAGGUGGAAGACGUGUUGGAGAAGCAGCUGGGCUCGACUGAUGAUCCGCCCAGCGGAUCAUUGCGCCCAAAAGAUUUCUUGAAUUUCCCUACAACAUCUCCGUUAUAUAAAGUAUUCCUACGACAACUGCUAUCGAUAUCAUCAGCCACACCGCAUGAGACAUUUCGACAUCCAGUGGCCAGUGUCAUCGCCAUUAGUUCGCGCAACACCGCUCCACUUGAGACUCUGAGGCAAUUGUACGCAGACACCAACAACGGAGCUAGGAGGUUGCCAGACUGGUGUCAUUCGGAAUACCUGCGCUACUAUGUUCUUGUUCAUGAUGAGGAUCAAGAUGAUAUUGCAGAAUCGACCAAGUUAUAUGACCAAAUGAAACGCCACUUCGGAUUACAUUGCCACUUGUUGAGGCUCCGUAGCAAUCAGUGCGUGGUCACCGAUGACGACAGUGUCCAAGUACCUGAAUGCGAAUGGCUCUCCCCUGCUGAGCGACUUUCGGGCAGAGCUGAGCCCUUGGUUGACCUAGAUGCCAACGGGUUUUACCUUUUCGAUUCAGACAUCAUGGCCAUUAGGGCUUUCAUCCGGGAACUCGUCGCCCAGUCCGUGAUACCGUUCAUGGAAAACCGAGUCGCCGUCUGGAAUGACCAAGUAGCCUCCCGUAGGCGUGGUAUAAGUGGGCGGUUUAUGUCAAUGUCACGCAGAUGGGCAGGAUUCGGAUCUAGCUCUCGUUCCAGUCUCACGGCAGGAGGGGCUAGCGGAAACUAUGAUGUCGCACAUGGUUAUUACAAGCCGGAUGUGCCUGAAGCUGUGCUGCGCAAGAUGGCAGACUUUGCAUUCAUGCUUCGGGACUGGAAGUUAUCGGCGUCUACCUAUGAGCUCCUCCGCUCCGACUAUGCGAACGACAAAGCAUGGAAAUACCAUGCCGGCGCCUACGAGAUGUGCGCCGUAAGCAUGCUCUUGAAUCCAUCUGCAAUGGGAACAAAGAUGAAGCUCGAUGGAAUUGAUCAAAUGUUUGACACAGCCUGCUAUUCUUAUCUCACACGGUGCUCAGACGCGCCCAAUGCUCUCCGAUGUCUCACAUUGGGUAUGGAAUUAUUGAAGUCCCGCGGGGGAUCGGCAGUGGAAAGCGCCGCUCGAUGGGCCAUGCGGGCCAUGGACCUUGGGUUAGUCGGCUCAAUCGGUCAGGGCCUCUUCAGUGAACGUGUUUCGGCAUGCUAUGCCGCGAGGCCACCAGUGAGUGGAAUGAAAUGGGGCUCUCGACGCAGAAAAGCUGGCAUGUGGAGUGUCUUCGCUGCUGACAUAUGGCUUCGCCUUGGGAAGCCAUCACUGGCAUCAGCAGCUCUGGAGGAGGCAGAGCGGCUUUACGCAGACGUGCUGAGUGCCGACGGAAGGUUUCCUAUGCCCGAGAUGCAGACUUUCAUCGACAACCUAAGACACGCUGUCAAGGUCGAGUACCUGGAGGCCAGAGGGUUAGACAUCCGAGAUGAUGCCGUCACUGCCGAAACACUAGGCACCGAAGAAACCAGCGAAAAGCUGGACAGACGCAUGAAUCGCAAAUCCCUAAUCGCCAACCCGUUGGAUUCGGGAGGCCUCGGUCCACCAGGCACGAGGGAUGAUGACAAUGCAGCCAAUGACGAUUUCGAACGAGCUUAGGAUGCAAUGAUGGUCCGAGGGCGCAUGGGGUUUAUACACUACUAUAGACAUGUGUCAAUUUAAUGUUUCUUGUACGAAUUACAAUC